UCAGGAGCAAACAUCGUCUCGGGGGCGAGUAAACUUCUCUCUUAUAUAUAUAGAUGGUUAAUUAAGCAUAAUGGCUCUAAUUAGUCUAACAGUCAACGUUGGAGCAUUCCCGAACUCAGUAUAAAACUGUCGUGCACAAAAGAUUAACCGUUAUCAAAAGAGUUUUAAGGAACAGAACCACUUGCAGCAUGAAUUUCGCAGCCAGUGGCGACUACCGUGGGGACGGGCGAGCACUCCAGCACGCCGUCAUAAUGCAGUACAUUGAUAAGCUGACAUUCCGCCCUGGGGACGAGGUCUUUGACGUGGGCUGCGGAUCGGGAGAAGAGACAAAAACGAUUGCGUCAAAGGUCAAAGGUGUUGUAGGUAUCGAUUCUUCAGAGGCAAUGAUAGCGGUUGCCAAUCAGAGCAACUCGGCUCCCAACAUCGAGUACGUUGUCGAAGACGCCCGGAGUGUCGGAGACAACCCCAAGUGGCGGGGAAAGUUCGACAAGGUCCUGAGCUUUUUCAUGCUGCACUGGAUCCCGACUGAGGAGCAACCAAGUGCUCUGGGUGGCAUCCUGAGCUGUUUGAAGGCAGGAGGGGAGGCACUGUUCCUCAUAGACACCAAAGACAAAGGACCGCACGAUAUGAGCGCGUCCGUCUUGUUCCUGAAGAACCACCCAAAGUGGGGCGUGUACGCCAAGGAUUAUGAGUUACCAGUGUAUUUUUGGAAGCGAUCGAUUCCAGACACAGUCAAACUGUUGAAGACAUUCGGAUGUACCGUGCUAGAAGGUGAAAUCAAAAGUCAGGAAUUUGCCGUGUCCGAAGUGCAAGUGAAACUGCUUUGGAAAACUACUUUAAAGGUUGCAGAUCUUGUACCAGCAGAAAAGCAGGACGAGUUCCUUGAAGACAUAUGGCAGUGGGCGCUGUCACGCAGUGCGGAUGAAACCAAGUCACGGUACCUGCAUGUGGAUGAAUCUGUGGUUAUACACGUUCGUAAAGAAUGAAAAAAGACGUCCGGGUGCUAGACUGGCCGCCAUCUUGUUACUAUCAGGCAGAUAUCACGAACGAGAUGCAAAGCAUAUAGGCUGGACUUUGUUUUAUUAAAAAGAACGUACUAAUAUGUCAAAUGUACUAAUGUUUGCCCUUCCUCUGUAUUGAAACUUAGUAUUAGAUAUUUGAAUCUAUAAUUUGUAGGUAGUCCUAAAGUAUCGAUAGGGAAGAUUUGUCAUGGGGCAUGUGCAGUGGUAAUCGGGAGUCUCGGAUGACUUGAUUAAAAGAAUUUAAGACAAAAAAAAAAUCAAUUUUGUUAUGCCUCUGUCUUGAAUACUGUAUAUUUUCAUUGGCCUAGAAUGAUCACGUGUUCAGUUUAUAAAAAGUCAUGGCACACUCCCAGUGGGACAUCACGUACACGUGUACGGUGCGGACGGUGUGAAACGCUUGUUUCGUUGGUACCCACGCUAAUUUCACCAUGUUUUCACACAUGAGUGGGAGCAGCGAACUA